CCUCCCAAACUUUGCAAACGAUUGCAGCUUUCCUCGUCACACAGAUAGUUGUGAUUGCUGCUGGGGGAAGAGAGCGGUUGGGUACUGUUACCUUCUCAGCACAAUUAUGCACGUUUAAGUCAUGUAAGAAGCUCUGUAAUGUCAAAAGAACAGGAUAAAGAUACCUUCUCGCUCAAAAGAAACCGAGGUAGAGAUGGUGGGCUUGAUGAUCUAGGAGGGCCGGGUGUUCUGCUGGAUAGCCCAGACAAGAAAAAGUGCAAGUCGAACGCACAGGCUCAUUUCUUCGCUCCCCUAUCUGAGUAUGCUCCACCACCAAACCGAAGUGCUGACCACCUAGUGGCUACCAAUCCUUUUGAUGACAACUACAACACACCAUCUUUCAAGCCUCUGUCCUCUGGGAACCCAUAUUUUGGCCACCCGCACUACCCUGGCUGCAGUGGCUAUGGCCUGCCCAGGAUGGACCACCUCAUGCCCAAUAGGAUGCCUUCUUCUUACAGGGGUCCCUACCAGAUACGAAACCAGCUCCACCCUUUUGCCCAGACUCAAAUGGGCAUGGGGUUCAAUCGACCCCCUGACUUUAACUAUGGUUACCAUGAAAAUCCCAAUUAUUGUAACCAUCCACCAUUAAGCAACAACAGUAACAUGCCACUUCCACCCAAUCAGCCUUUAAGACCAGGUCCCCAUGACAACUUGAAUCAGGUGCAUCUGCAUAAUGUGACCCAAAGCACUUCUCCUGACAUGGGCCUGAGCUUUAGAUCAGCAGUCAAUCCAAUUGGGAAUCCACCUCCCCAACCCGGCAUGGACCCUAGUCCUGGUUUUACUCGGCAACAGCAAAACAACAGCUUUACCCAGUCCAAUACACCGACACCUAAACAGGACAUGAGUGAGGUGGUGUCAAGCAAAAGUACAUCCCAGAACACAUCUCCACGGAAACGAAGCCAUGGCUCAGAGGAGAUCAUGGGUCAGAAAAACUCUGUCGACCUGAAAUCAAAGAAUAGAGGCACCCUGGUCUGUCAGGGUGCAGGUCAGCCUAACACCACAGAGAAAAUCAACGGCAUCAUCCACCCCAAUAAUGAUUCCCUGAAGAAGUCCCCACAGUCAGGCAGGCACAUGGAGGCAGCCCCCCUGGAGCGGAGUAGAAGCAAUGGAGGUGGUGGUGUGGCCAUCAAUAAGACAUUGAUGCAUCCCAACAGGCCUAGCCACUCCUCCACGGAGCCUGUGUUUCCAUGUGGAGUAUGCCUGAAUGAAGUAAAUGAUGACCAGGAAGCUAUCCUGUGUGAGGCCUCAUGUCAAAAAUGGUUCCACAGGGUUUGUACUGGAAUGACUGAGACAGCUUAUAACCUGUUGACAGCAGAGGUGUCGGCAGUGUGGGGCUGUGACAUCUGCAUGGAGGAGAAAGGGGCACAGCUCCAUAGAACAAAGGAGGUAACAGGGCAGCCAGCAGGGCAGCAGCCAACAGUUAACAGCGAGUGAUAUGGUCAUGAAUAUGGGCCGUCAGUAACAUUAUGCUAUCUUACACUGGUAAUUUUCUUUGGUAUGCUUCCUUUGUAGGUGAUUUUUCCUUACGUUUUUACAAAGGGUUACAUUUUUACCAUUUUGUUGUUUUAUGUGACAUUUGGUAUAAUUUGGAUAGCAGUUUCUGUCCCGUGCUUAGACCGAUGCAAAAGCUAGACUGAAGUUCUGUUUAAUGUCAUAUGUAAUUCCUAUUAUUGGGCAGGUACCAUUGGCCAUGUUGACCACAAUAAUGCCAUUCUCUUAACGAGGUCCUUACUGUUCCUCUCAACUUUCCUGGCCUAUAGUUUAUUUAAGCUAUUACAACAUCAGUAUGAGUAAGCUAUCCGGAAAGGUUAACUGAUUGACGGAUGCAAACGUAUUCAAUGUUUUAAUCUGAUAUGUUUUGCAACUGCUGUUAUAGUUUGACAGAUUUUGAGCAGUAUGAUUGUUUCCCAAAAACUUGAUAGUCACAGCUGGAGUGGUGUUCCAAAGCCAUACACCUGUACUGUAUGCUAUACAACCAGAUUUGGAUCUGAUAAAUUUUUUAGAAAUGAUUCGAUACAUGUGGGUCGUUCCACAAAUUUGAUGCCUUUUGAGAUGUAUAAAAAAAAUGUUUGACAGUAACAGGGUUGAAGAUAUCAUCUUAAAAUCAGCCAUAAAUUCCCUCGUGACAGGGGAAAUGGAUGUUGUGUGUGCAACAGUGAGGGGCAAUUGAAUGCAAGCUUUAAAAAAACGUAUAAAUGUUCAAACAUUUUUAGCCUGUCUAAUCUAUCUAUGGGUAAACAGGGUUGACGUGUUAUGCUCGACCCACUGAGUUUCCCACCACAAAACACCAGACAAAAUAACUAGGGGUUUACAACUUGGAUAAAUCUUAAGGUUUAGUGGGUUAAUAUCUCCCUGGAAGUCAGAGAGUGCACGGAGGAACAUGUCAAAAUUGUGGCACUUUAGCAAGUCUUUAUUCAUAUUAAAAUCAGAUUUGUUGAAUUCUCCAUGUGGUUUAUAUUAAAGGGCACUUUGAAUAUAACAGGCUUUUAAAAUUCAAUAUUGGUGCACAAUUUCUAAUUAAAAUAUCAAAGGGAUGCAAAAGGCACUAAUUUCGUGGAACGAUCCAUGUGUGUUUUUCAAACUGUUGAUAUUGAAUGUAUUUAGAGCCUUAAUGAAUUUAGUUUGUAAAACAUUAUGCAGAAUCAAAUCAAAUGUAUUUAUAUAGCCCUUUGUACAUCAGCUGAUAUAUCAAAGUGCUGUACAGAAACCCAGCCUAAAACCCCAAACAGCAAGCAAUGCAGGUGUAGAAGCAUGGUGGCUAGGAAAAACUCCC